CGUGUUCCCAUUUGCCACAAUAACGAAUCCGACGUUCACAGCAAACGAAGCGAAAAUUGUGUUAGGCAACUGUGUUAACAAUAUACCAAAAAUAUUUAACAACAUGUUUACCAAAGUGUGUGUUCUGCUUUUGGCCAUUGGCCUGAGCCAGGCUGUGCGCCAGCCCAUGCUGCCCGAGUCGAAUCUGAUGCAGUUCAUGAUGCGUUCCCGCGAUCUUACCCAGGAUAAUCCCGCACGUUCUCUUAGCUGCUUUGACACCUAUCUGCCCCAGUUGAACAAGGCCAAUGAGGACUUCCAGACAGCUUAUGCUCUGUGCUUAAGCGAAGCUGAUGCAUCUCGUGCAGGCAUCGAUGAGGGCACCAAGGGCGAGCGCGCUCAAAUCGACGGCUCUGCGACAUCGGCCUGCCAAGCCCUGGAUGCUUGCAGCAAAUUGUCUCCUUCCAUCGACUACUUCAGCUGCUACUCAGAUGCCGGCGCUGACAACACCAAGUCUAUGUACGAGAUCUCGGCCAAUGCCGCUGAGUGGUUGGCCAUCGUGCGCGAAGAAUUCCGUCAAAUCGAUAACACCGAAUAUGCGUGCACCAACAAAACUCAGCGCAACCAUGUGGAGCAGUCGGCUGCCAUCUAUGAGAACUUCGAUAGGUGUCUGGCUGGUAAGGAGCCAUUGACCACUGCAUCGCCUCCUGAGUCGACCCCCGAGCCAAGCACUGCUGCUCCUCCAGCUGAGUCCACCCCCGAGCCAAGCACUGCUGCUCCUCCAGCUGAGUCCACCCCCGAACCAAGCACUGCUGCUCCUCCAGCUGAGUCCACCCCCGAGCCAAGCACUGCUGCUCCUCCAGCUGAGUCCACCCCCGAACCCAGCACUGCUGCUCCACCAGCUGAAUCCACCGCAGCCCCAAGCGAAUCCACCCCAGCAGCAAUGGAGAACAUGCCCGAAGAGGAUCUGUCCCGUCUGUCUGAGGAGCAGAAAAGGCUCAAGCACAUGAUGGAUGAGAUGAAGAACUGGUUCAAGCGCAACUAAGCGACAGCAUUUCAAACAAGAAAAGUCUAAUGCAAAA